AUGGCUGCUUCUUAUAAUGACCUCGAGAAGAAAAUUCUGGAUGCUGGAAAAAAGCUUCUUGAACCACGUCCUUACUCAAUUUCGAGUCUUCUUCUGUUUCUCGACGAUCUUAACCUCGCCCUGAGAAGGGUGGACCAGGAUCAUCCUGUCUCAACCCAGGAAGCACUCUCUCCGUUGAAGAAUGCAUUUGUCUCUGAAAGACUCUUCAACCAUUCGAAUGUCCAUGUGAGAGUUGCUGUUGCCCUCUGCAUCAUCGAAGUUAUGAGAAUAACUGCUCCUGAUGCUCCAUACGAUGAUGACAAGAUGAAGGAAAUAUUCGGGUUGGUUGUAUCAACGUUUGAACAUCUAUCCAACAAAUCUAGUCCCUCAUAUACCAACAGCGUAUUGAUCCUUGAAACUGUGGAUCUUGCCAAAAUAUGUCUUGUGAUGCUGGAUCUUGGCUGUGAUGCACUUCUUAUUGAGAUGUUCCAACAUUUUCUCAAGACUCUAAGGUUCACGACCGGUCUAUUGUGUGCUGCUUAUGUUUUGUUGUACUUUAUCUAUUUCCUUUACAGGGAUCACCAUCCAAUGAGAGUUUCCUCACAUAUGGAGAACAUUAUGACCCUUGUUUUAGAAGAAAGCGAGGAUAUACCUCCAGGGUUACUUUCACCAAUUCUAGGUCACCUUAAAAAAGAUGAUAAGAAGAUUCCCCAAGUAUCACGGAAGUUAGCAGAACAAGUUCUCAUUAACUGUGCUAGCAAGGUCAAAACGUAUCUGAACGAAGCUGUGAAAUCGUCGGGCGUCUCUUUAGACAAGUACAGUAAUGUGGUGGCUUCAAUAUGUGAUGGGACAUUGAAUGCUUUGAAGCAGAAUGAAGUCGUUGUUCAGCAGGAUACACAAGAGGUAGCAGAAGAAUCCACCCCUGAGCAAACCGGUGUACUUAAGCGGAGAUUGAACCAGGAGCAUUCUGAAGAAGCUGAUUCAUCUGAAGAAUCUGAUCCCGCAGAAACUGAGGCUCAGACACACAAGCGGGCUCGAGUCGAAAGUGGCAGCAUGAUGGAGAAUACUACUGUGGAAGCAGAACCAGCUAGAGUCCCUCAACCUUGCUCUGCCACACAUCAGUUGGCUAAGGUGAAACAAAGCAUUGUAGACACUAUAACCAGUGUAAGACAGUUUCGCUCUGAGCUAGAGACAAAGGAACAAAGCCUCGUAGACACUUUAACCAGUGUACAACAGUUUCGGUCUGAGCUAAAGAAAAAGGAAGAUACCCUAGAAGCUUCCCUGCUGGAAGUUGACAUCUUAGGGGAGAAGAUAUUGGGAAUCAACAAAAUCCUCAACUCAUGA